GUUUUUUGCGGGGGGCUCAGAGCGCAGUGGGCAGCAGAUUGUUGGACCUCCAAAGAAAAAGAGCUCCAAUGAAGUGGUGGAGGAUCUGUUCAAAGGGGCCAGAGAACACGGCGCCGUGCCUCUGGACCGGGCCGGGAAAGGACCUGGAGAGUCCAGCAAAGCAAAGGCGUUUGUUGGUGGAGGUUACAGACUGGGAGCAGCUCCUGAGGAGGAGUCAGCGUACGUAGCAGGAGAGAGGCAAGCCUCCAACAGUCAGCAAGAUGUCCACGUGGUUCUGAAGCUGUGGAAGACGGGCUUCAGUCUGGAUAACGGAGAACUCAGAAACUACAGCGACCCUGAAAAYGCCAACUUCCUGGAGGCGAUAAGAAGAGGGGAGAUUCCUCUGGAGCUGAGGCAGCGGUCUCGAGGAGGCCAAGUCAACCUGGACAUGGAGGACCACAGAGACGAGGACUUUGUCAAACCCAAGCUGGCCUUCAAGGCCUUUGAGGGUGAAGGGCAGAAGUUAGGAAGCGCCACCCCCGAGCUGACGUCGGCUCCGUUCCUGUCCCAGCAGGACCAGGCCGCCAACGAGGCUCAGGCCAGCUCCUCCGUGAGCCUCGACCCGUCCCAACCCACAACUAACAUUCAGAUCCGACUGGCUGAUGGAGGCCGGCUGGUCCAGAAGUUCAACCAUACCCACAGGGUGUCGGACCUGCGGCACUUCGUGGUGGCGGCCCGGCCCGCCAUGGCCGCCCGGGAGUUUGUUCUGAUGACCACCUUCCCCAACAAGGAGCUGAUGGACGAGAGCCUGACGCUGCAGCAGGCCAACCUCCUCAACGCCGUCAUCGUGCAGCGACUAAAGUGAGGCUGGGACCUCAGGAGCUCCGCCCCCUCCUCCUCCUCCUGCGGCGACGACACGGAGCACCUGCUCCCCCUCCCAGCGAGGCAGGAGAAAACAGACUUACGUAUGGACUUCUAGUUUCUGAUUUUUGUUUUUCUAAAAUAAAACGUCAAAAUUCUCCCCUCGCACCACGGCUCUGUCCUCUGAGAGGGACCCAGAGGACACAAACCUGUCUCAUCUGUCCUCCUCAGAGAGUCCCUUUGAACUGUUGUUUUUCCUGUUAAACAAUCUGACCCUGGAGCAAUGUUUACUGUCAGGACAGCAGCUGACUUCUUUUUUUUCUGUCUAAACUGCACAAAACCCAGCUACGAGUCGUAUCAGAGCUGUGUUUUUUUUUUUUUUUUUAGGUUUCCAUAGAUAACACAAAGUAACAAGGUUUUUAGUUUCUUUCCCUUUUAACCAACAGAUACCUGUAGCCUUACUCUCCUGUGUUGGAACCACACCUGUCCUUUUGUUGAACAGCAGAUGGAUUUAUUUUUUUAUGCUGCCUUUGUUCCCCUCGCUUCCUUUUCUCUCGCCUCAUUGGUCCCGGUUCCACGGCAGCGUUUUGAUACAGACCGGUGUAGAACCAGCGACACGCGGCUCGAUUAUCAAACUGCAGCUGGAGCAGAAGAACAUUUAAAAACGUAAACACUGGUUUAAUUUAGAAGUUGUUUUCCUGUAACACUGACAUCUUCUAUGCAUCCUCGGGCAACACAGAAAUAUGUUUAGACCUCUGAUAAAAUAAAGUCAUUUUAUGGUUGAUGUAUAAAGAA